GGGGACAGGUAAGAGGGGGAGGCGGAGGAAUUAAAGCCAACCCACACGCAGAUCAGACAUUACUGCUCGGCUUUGUCUCUCAUUUCUGUUCGACCCUGAACACGACUGGGCCAAAGUUCAGCGCUCACUACUCAGGACAAUAGAAAGAAAGAAGACACUGAGCUUAAUCUUAUAGAUUGUGUGUGACACGCCGGAGACAGGUGAAGGCCCUGAGACCAUACAACACUGCAGCUGGAUUCUUAACAUUGGCAAUGCCAUACUGAGACCCUAAAAGUCAAUAUCAGUUUUAAUUGACCCAGAAUAACAUGGGGACCAGGAAGGCCGAGUUCCAGCGAAGGAUUGUGUCCAAGGACGGCCACAACAACGUGCGGAUCGACAACGUGGAGGGCAUGGCGAAGCUGUACCUGCACGACAUCUGGACCACCGUGGUGGACAUGAAGUGGCGCUACAAACUCACUCUGUUUGCCUCCACCUUUGUCACGACUUGGUUCAUCUUCGGGGUCUUUUUUUUCUUAAUCGGCAUGGGCAACGGAGACUUUAAGCCCGAUCUGAACGCCAACCACACGGCCUGCUUGGCCAACGUGGAGACCCUCACCGGGGCCUUCCUGUUCUCGCUGGAGUCUCAGACCACCAUCGGUUAUGGGUUUCGUUACAUCUCAGAGGAAUGCCCUCUGGCUAUCUUCACUCUGGUGGCGCAGCUCGUCAUCACCGGCCUGGCAGAGAUCUUCAUCACCGGGGCCUUCCUGGCCAAACUGGCUCGCCCCAAGAAACGGGCGGAGACCAUCAAGUUCAGCCGGUGUGCGUUGGUCUGCCGGUUACAGGGAAAGCUGUGUCUGAUGGUGAGAGUGGCCAACAUGAGGAAGAGCCUCCUGAUCCAGUGCCAGCUGACCGGAAAGCUUCUCCACUCCAACAUGACGGAGGAAGGUGAGAAGACCCAAAUCCACCAGAGCUCUGUGGACUUUCACAUGGACUCCACUGCAGAGUGCCCCUUCCUCAUCCUUCCGCUCACCUUCUACCACGUUCUGGACGAGCACAGCCCGCUGGCAGGACUCAAUGCUGAAAACCUGCACACUCGUGAUUUUGAGCUGCUGGUGACCCUCAACGCCACCAUGGAGUCGACGGCCGCCACGUGCCAGAGCCGCACCUCCUACGUACCUCAGGAGAUCCUCUGGGGUUACGAGUUCCAGCCGGUGAUCUUCAGCAGCACAGGCGGCCGUUAUGUGGCAGAUUUCAACUUUUUUGACAAGGUGCAAGUGAGCAAUGAUGCCGCCUUCCUUAGUCACAACACAGAGAAGCUCAAACUGGGAGAGGGCUUUAAGAAGGAGUAAAGCAUGCAUGUGUCAUUGUGCUGCUCCUGUUUGAUGUAACAGGGAUGUGUUAGUUUGGCCUUGAUCGGUAUACGUCAUACGUCAUUUGUGCCUAUGCAUGACUCGACUCCAUUUUGGUACCAAGUGCU